AUGCUCAAUAUUCAUUUACGUUCGACAGGAGAACAAUUUCAAAUACAGUCUAUCCAUUUUGACACAAAAGUUCGUGAAUUAAAAACUAUUCUUGAAAUUAUAUGUGGCAUACCAGCACAUCUGCAAUUAUUGUCCUAUUUGGACGAAGGUAAUUUGCUUGAUUCACAAAAACUGAAAUAUUACGAUCCUGUUCCUAAUUGUACGUUUGAACUCGGCGUUUGGUAUGUUUAUGAACCAAUUGUACAGGCUGUUGUAGCUAAUAAUGAAGCUAAGUUAUUUGAACUUGGUGUUCUACCAGAUAUACCAUUCUCAUCCGCCAUUGCCGAUCGUCUAUCUCCAUCCGAUAAAAAAGCAUAUAUGAUAGAACGAGGUAGUGUUGCUAUGUUUACAGCAUCACAUCGUGAGAAACUUAAUAUUGUACGUCGAUUAUGUGACCAAGAUAUUGGCAUUAAUUAUCAAACCGCCGCAGGACGUACGCCAUUAAUGGUAGCAACUGCUCGUGGUUCGCUACGGGUGAUGGAAUUACUUUUGCUUCAUGGUGCGCGACUUGAUAUUAAAGAUGCAUUCGGACAAACAGCUGAGAGUUUCUCGGUGAUUUUCAAUCAAAAACAAAGUCGUCGAACGAUUAUUCAAUAUAAUUGGAAACGAAGAAAUGAACAGUCAAUGAUUCGCGAACGUGAAAGUAAAGUUUCCAUGAGUCGACAAAUCAGUGUACACGAUAAAGCUCUUGAAGAAGCAAAUCGUAAACGUGAAGAUAGAGUUAAAUUUUUAGCUGAUCAACGUAUGAAGCGACAAGAAAAGAUUAAUUCUCAACAAACUCGUUUACGUAAAAGAAAGAGUCCUCAAACACAAGGAAAUAAACUUAGAUCAGUUGUUCGAUUUGAAGAUGAAGAUAACGAACAGGAUUCCGAUCAUUAUGGAAAAGUCCUCGAACACAUUCCAACUACGAAUUCAUCUCUAGUACAAGCUUCAUCAUCAUUUUCGCCUGUCACUCAACAAUCAGUCGUGCCAACACAAAAACUAUUUGCUCAUCAAUUCUAUGAUGUCUAUGCAGAUAUGACAGAUGACGAAUGGACAAAAGUACGAAAUGCAUUUGUGUCUCAAUAUUUUUCAGAAUAA